AUGACAGUAACACCAGAUUACUUCCACUGCAUCACUGAUGCCAGAUUCCGAAGCAGCGUGUAUGAGCCGGAGGCGGACACAUUCCUGUUUCUCGAGGCCCUCGACAAGGACGCAGGUUUGCUCCGUGCAAUGAAGCCGCGCCGCUGUGUGGAGAUUGGGUGUGGGUCAGGCACUGUCAUCUCUCACCUACAGCUUGUACUCUGUGGUGCUGCUGCUGCUGCUGGUGGUGAGGAUGCAGGCGCGCUGGCGGCGGGUUCACAAACAUGCAGUGAACCAUGGCCGGAGUAUCACGCCGUCGACCUGAACCCAGUGGCGCUAGAAGCAACCGGUAUGACGUGGCGCAAGACACUAGAUAGUUUAGGGGCUGAUGCUGGUCCUUCUUUGCACCUCCACCACGGGGACUUGUUCAGUCCUUUUCAACAGCAGGAAGAGAAAGUCAAUUUAGCGGGAGGACCCUAUGAAUUUGAUAUUAUUCUCUUCAACCCACCGUACGUUCCGACGACCAUGGAAGAGUUGAUGCGGGCUGAGUCAGAGGAGAAUUUUAUUACUGCGGCGUGGUGCGGAGGCCCUCGUGGGCGUGUGGUUGUGGAUCGUUUUGUCUCACACCUGCCUCAGUAUCUUUCCGCGCAUGGUGUAUGCUAUAUAAUAGCUAUAAGUGUGAAUGACAUACCGGAGUUGAUGGAGACUAUCCGUGGCGUGUUUAUUGCCAAGGCACCGCCCGGGGAAACUGUUCCUAUUGCGGUUGAGGUAGUUACCGAGCGGUACACCGGAGAGUACUUGAAGGUAAUUCGUGUUAUGCGCAAGUAA